UCCUUAGUAUGAGGCGGCAGCCAGCCUUUCCACUGAGCGGUCUUGUUUUCUGCAUGUCUGUGGGUAAAUAAGAAUCAGGAUGGGCUUUUCUGUCAAAGGCUUUCCUAUGGAUGGGAAUGGAGACUGGCCCUCCAAAAAAAUUAGGAAACACAGAAGUCGGUCACCUUUUCGUGAUGUUUCACCUGUACCAUCGCAUUUCUCAGAACCCGCCUCAUGCUUGCAACACAGGGAUGUUAUUGCCAGCCUUCCCUGUCUCCCUGGUGUAAAGGGGCCACUCAGGGAUGAAGAUGACGAUGACGAUGUUCGGAGUCACAAGAGCUUGCCAGCGGUAAUGACAGGAUUAACCCUCCAACCCAGAGAAAAGAGGUCAUACAGACAAUCUAAGAAUCACAUCACAUCCGGUUUACCCCCUCUCAUAAGCGCCAGGUGCAGUUUGAUUGUGAGAGGCACUGGAUGCAAAACUGUCCCCAAACUCCCACCAAUCACUAAAUCCAGGAAUACUUGGAAGGAAACAGACCCCCCAAGACCACCUUGUAGGUCUGGAUGCAGGCCGGACAAAAUGGAAUUCAGUUCAGCUAAACCUAUUCAUACAAAAAUUGUACCUGUCGGGCAGACGUCUCUCUCUGUCAAGGUGCACAGUGUUCAAGGAAAUGGGCCCUGCUUGCUUCCUGCCAAAGCCUCUGGAGUGUCCCCGAGAUCUCGACUCACUUUCCAAAGUCCUGUAGUGCAGGCAGUGUACCCUAUCAGUCCUGACACCAUGCAACAGAUGAGGCAGACUGACAGAGCGUGCCAGCCCCUGAGGUCUGUGAUGAAAAAAGCACCAAACAGAGGAGUAUUUCACUGCCCACUGGCGGCCCACAUGCUGGAGCCAUUUUCUGGGUUCCAGGAGCAUCUGUGCCGCCAGAUCCUACACUCUCCACUGCCUUAUCGUGCAGCUCUGCCACAGGUCCACAUUCCUUGUCACCAGGACCAGGUAGAUCUGUUACCUGCACACAGGGGCCCAUACGGUUCCCUGAGGGAACGCACUGUGGAGCUGUGCAACUCUCAAGGACAGAAACUUCCCAAAAUCACCAUGACUUGCCCGACACCUUCUCCAAAAUACCUGUGCCGCACAGAAUUUCAGAUGCAGCUUGAAGGAUGAACCAAGAUGGCUGCAGAGUAAACUGACAUGCUUAAAGGGACUUUAGUGCUGCUCAGUGCAGUUCAAAGUUAAUAUUGCUCUGUGCACAAAGGAUUACAAAAAGAUCACCAAAGUUCACCAAGAUCACCAAUUCUUGUUCACGUUAAGAGACAAUAAAGCCAAAACAGAUGCCUGUGCAAUCUCUUGGCACUUUUCCUGAUUGCUCAGCGAUGAUUGGACUCAUGGUCAUAAUGCUCUCCUGUGCACAGCUCAAGUUAUUGCUGUAUAACCAAUCAUCUUUCAUCUGGUUGCCAUGGAAGCCCUAAGGAUCAUUAAACCGUCGAACUGGACCCUGGGGGCUGCACUGUUCUACAGGUACAGGAAGUGCCUCAGAGGAGCUUUAUAAAGUCAUGCCAUACAAUUUCCUGGGUGUUAGGAUCCCCAGGUGUAGGAAUCAUAAGUCUGUCUUACUGAGGAAUGUAAUAAUUUUUCUUUCCCCCAC